UGUGACGCUAUUCGUCGAUUUUGUCACGUGGCAUGCAGGUGCUUUGUUUACCUUCGGCAGCUGACGUCACGGCGCUGUCUCUCCCGUUCAAGUGCAGCAGGCAGCGAACUAAAGCGUGUAGUGCGUGUGAUGCCAACCGCAAAUUCUGGCGUUUUUCGGACAAGAGCACAAAGGACAACAAACCUCAGCCACAUGACGAGCCGAAAGCCAAGGUGGUGAGCGGGAGCCGUCGCUGAGCUGGGGGUCCGUCACUUCUGCAGAUCCCGUGUUCUGGAGCGAGGCCUAUGCAAGUGGAGCUGCUGUGUGAAACGCUACAAUGGGGCGGCCCUGACUGCUCAUCUACCUCAGCGCACCCUGACGGCGGACCGGUGAGCGGACGUCACUUGGAGGUCUCAGUCGUUGGUGCAGAUUCAGGUGGCGACGGUUGCUUGGGCACCAUGGAGCACGUUGAACCCCUGAGUGGCCUGUCCCGAUGGUACCUGUAUGCCAUCCACGGCUACUUCUGCGAGGUCAUGUUCACGGCCACCUGGGAGUUUGUCGUCAACUACAACUGGAAGUUCCCUGGCGUUACCAGCGUCUGGGCCCUCUUUAUUUAUGGGACCUCCAUCCUGGUCAUGGAGAAGAUGUACCUGGUGCUGAGAGAUCGCUGCCCCUUCCUGCUGCGCUGCCUCCUGUACACCCUCUGGACGUACGUGUGGGAGUUCUCCACAGGCUUCGUCCUGCGACACUUCAACGCCUGCCCCUGGGAUUACUCCCUGUUUGAGUACGACUUCAUGGGGCUGGUCACUCUGGAAUACGCUGUGCCCUGGUACUUGGCAUCCAUCAUCGUCGAGAAGGUCAUCAUCCGCAACACCCUCCGCCUGCGGUUUGACGGCACCCUGACCAAUGAGCGAUACAGGAGCAGGUGCUUCAACUCGAAGAAGUCCAAGUGAAGUGGGGGGGGGUCUUUUGGGUGGCCCCAGGCGCUCAGGGUGGACUUCAGGGACUUCUGCCGGGCAGGCUGCCAGGGCGUGCUGGACUCGCCCGCGGUUGUCCGGCGUAGACAUUUCUACUUGUGGUUGUUUACUCCUCUCAUAUUCACUAAAGGCUUUGGGUUUUGUGCUCGGCCAUGACGGCCCUGGGUGAGGCACUCGACACUCGGUGUGGAACACGGCCUUGGUCUUGAGAAUUUUGACCUCGAUUACGCCUCGCUUCUCUUCUGAGGUGGACACUACAUUCCUAGGGUGGCGGGUGACCUGCUCUCGAUGACAUUCCCAUCACGGAGCACUGCCCUGUCCCUGCGCCCAUUCUUUGACUCUAAUGUGAAGCCCCCCAGAUGCCCUGUCCUCAGGUUUUGAUUAAAGAGCUGCCACUCUUUAGUCUUGGCAUUCCAGGCGUCAGCGGGCAGACCUCCUCUUGUAUUUUCUUGAAUUGGGAUUGGGAUUAUUACUCCAAGAAGACAGCUUCAGACAGAACUCGGCUGCUUGGUGUGGUCCGUGUCCCCACAGCAGCAGUGACGACACUGCAGCCCGCCUCAUGAUGGCCAUCACCAGGUGUUCUUCUUCUCCUUACCUUGAUGCUCUCCCACCAGCCUUCUACUCAGCCAUGUCUCUGAGGUGCAAGGAGGCCGCAUGCUAGGGAUGUCACCUGUGUGCCCGCCUGGCCCUGAAGCCUGGGCUGGUGCCAUUUGGGGGGUGGGGGCUUAGGGUGAGAUUCCUUUGAGACAGUGGCACCCUGGCAUCCAUGGAUUUGCCACUGGGGUGGGUUGUCCAGGGUCAGCAUUGAGGUGCUUGUCUGUCUGCCACCUCCCGUCUUCGUCAUUGUGCACAAAUUGUGACAGCACUUGGGACUCGUGGCACCUCAAAGGGCAACGAUUUCACCAGCACUUUGUAAAACACCAAAUAAAGAUGGCGGCUGUGGUUGAUGGCGUCGGAA